UUCAUUCUGUUCCAUAUAUUUCCCUCUUCUCUCUCUCACUCUCUCUACAACACUCAUUGACUAGUCGUUAAACUCAUCAAGACUUGUUCUUCCUUUUAUUUCUCUUUAAAUCUCUCCUAUAAACUCACUGUAUUUCACUAUCUUCCAUGUUCAAAAAAUGGAAUCACAAAAAAUCAAAAAGAAAUUAGUCCACAAAACUAUCACUACUAAGUAUGAUCAUCACAACAAGUGGACUCCUAAAGUUGUUCGGAUUUGUUACACUGAUUGUGAUGCUACUGAUUCUUCAAGCGACGACGAUGACGACGAGAGGAAUCGAGUGAAAAAAUACGUUACAGAGAUUAAAUUUGAGAAGAAAAUGGCUGCUGCAGAUGUGAGGAAAUCGUUGAAUUCGAAUAAGAAGAAGAAGAAAGCGAUCGAUUUGAAGAGAGAUGAGAAUGUUAAAAAGUUUCGCGGUGUCAGACAGAGGCCAUGGGGAAAAUGGUCUGCGGAGAUUCGAGAUCCGGUGAAAAAAACGAGGGUUUGGUUAGGUACUUUUGAUACCGCUGAAGAAGCGGCUAUGAAAUAUAAUAUAGCCGCUAUUCAAUUGCGCGGAGCUGAUGCUAUCAUUAAUUUUAUUGAGACACCUUUCCCAAAGGAAAAUGCGAUCACUUCAGUAUCGGAUUAUGAUUCCACAGGGGAAUGUGAAAACCUCUGUUCUCCCACCUCAGUUUUGAGGCAGAAUAAUAACAAUAAUGAUAAAGAUAACGAAGAUGCGAUUGCGAUUGAUACUAAAAUUAUGAACGAUGAGAGCAAAAAAAUGGAAAUGGAUGAAAAUGGAUUUAUGUUUGAUGAUAAUUUGCCAUUAAUGGAUCAGAGUUUCCUUAAGGAUUUCUUCGAUUUUCGAUCCCCUUCUCCAUUGAUGGAUGAUGUAUUAUUACCAGGUUUUAGCGAUGGAAUGGGAUUAUUACCAGAAGUGUUGAGUAUUCAUGGAAAUAGAAUGUUGGAUGAAGAUUUGGAGACUUGUAAGUGGGCAAAUGAUUUCUUCCAAGAUGUUUGUUGAGGAUGGCUAUGGAGAAUUAAUCAAAGUAAAUAUAUUUUUUUUAUAUCAAAGUUUUUAGUAGAAAUUCUUGUUUAAUGUUUAGUCUUCGUGUCGAAAAUAGUAGUGUGUGGUUAAGUUAUUUAAGUAUCUAAUGGUAUUUUUAUAUGUUAUAUUUAUAAUUUAUAAAUCGUUGUUUGUUUGCU